AUGGCGAUAAAAACACUAGACACUCUCCCUCUGGAUGUUCUCGUUCAUAUAGCAGGUCUUCUUGAUCCCCUGGAUGUUCUUGCGCUGAGACAGAAUCUGGAAGAUACCAUCGUUCGGAGCGCGAUGGUCGAGCGUCAGUUGGUCGACCGAAUGAGCCCAAGGAAAGUGCGGAGAAUAGCGCUUGAUAUCGAUGAACAAGGCAAAGCUUGCUUGCUUGCUGGACGGUGGCUAGUGUCGAAGUCAUACAACAAAGUGCUGUGCCGUGACUUAGACUCAGCUCACGGCAGUGAAAGCAAGGUGAUAUAUGAAGUCUUCCGACCCGGGUUCUUAUCUUAUGUGACCUCCGCUGAGAUUGUGGACUACGAGGGUCGCUAUCAUGGUUAUGUUGUAUUGUCUGAGAGACAGCUCGGACGAAACUGGGGAGAUAGAGUAACCAUCCUCAAGGCGAAAUCGACCCUGCAAAAUAUCGAGCUCAUGAAAAUCUCUUGCUUUUCUCUCCCUGAUACAAGCUUCAUUGCCACCGAGGUUAAACUGACCAUUGGUCCCAAUGUCCUGUUGAUCUGGUGGCAGCAGCAUUUCAAUAGCGAUAAUCUCUCCAUCGGCCAUCUGAGGAAAUACGCUCUUAUAGACUUCACUCACGUAGAGCAAACACCGAUCAUCCAGACUACUAUGGAUCAAGCAGAGCCGAGCUUAGAGCCGUUCGGCAUUUCCGAAUACGAGUCGACACACUUCGUCGUCUCAUCGACCCAUCUGAUUGUGAUGACGGUUGCAGUAGUUUUACCUGUGCUGGUUCACGACUCUACCUCCACAAUCAACGGAGAAACCAGUAUCACUCUUGCGGGAUUUACCUACGGCAUUGACAUUCCAAAAUCAUAUUUGGUCACGUUGAGCUUGCCCACCCUACCUGCGGAAGAGGCCCGCUCUACGCCUAGCGCUUGCUUCGACAUGAGAGUAGGCACCAUAACGGAGCUCAAUAGCUGGCUGAGCAUGUCAGCUCACCCCAUACUCAAAGGCCCUGUCCGGGUUCUAUUCUCUCUUCGUGACGCUACACAUGGCCGCCGCCACCUCUGUCUUCGUGCAGUAUCGUUUGGUAGGGACGCGGAUGAGCCAAUCCGUGGCUUUUGGGCGAAGUCACCGACUAUGCGAAUAGGGGGCUUGGACGCGCCAGACGUCGUGCGUGGUAUAAACGACGUGGAGGACGUCGAUCUCUUGAGAGGCAGAGUUUGUCUUUAUGAAGAGGUUGAAUACGAGGAGGGGGAGGUGACGCGGGAGCGUAUUAUCCUUGACUUUGCCUGA